UAAAACACGUGCUUAAUUAGCUUGUUUACUUAUUAAGUUUGGGCUUUUGAGCUACGUGGUGGCUGGCGCUCAGCUCACGCGCACUCCUUCAAAAGAAGAGUUACCUCUCUAACCAUGGUCAAUCUCUAACCUGUCGAUCACACGUGUCCGGUUUUCACUUAGCCGCUGCAUGCACUUUGUCUCCGGGAGUGAUUGCUAAAAGUUUCUUUUCCGUAACCCAACAACUCUACAUAGACCCAAUACUUUCUUAUAUGUAGAUUAUAGAAUCCUCUUCAUACUUCAGCAUCCAGUACUGCCACUCGGUCUCUCGUAAGCCUUUCCUUUCCGGAUCGUUAUAGUCAUUGUUUCGAUCUUUUCUCUCUCUGAUUUUAGCUACAUUUCCUUGAUAAUUCUUCAAGAUGCUAGGAAAAGCUAACUCUGUUGAAAGCUCACCAACCAGUACUCUAUCAAACACUAGGACAAAGCUGGGUGCAUGGCCGAGUUUGCACCCUCCUUUCGUAUGCCCACUCUGCUCCAAAACAUUUCCGACCUCACAGGCUCUAGGAGGCCACCAGAACGCGCAUCGGAAAGAACGCAACAAGGGACGGAGGUUUUUUGUCGAGAAAAGCCGAGCUACAAUGAAAGAGAUCAAUAUUCUGACACCCGCACCUCUAACAGCGGUACCGCCCAAUGAUGAUCGGAACUUUGAACAUUUAGCCCUGUCUAUGACUAAACAAUAUGGGGCGAACCAUGGUCAUGUAAAUUAUUAUCAUUCGGAAUCAAGGGUAGGGUAUGGAUCAAUUACUAAGAAUGCUGCACAAGGGAUAAAGCUUGCAGGGCUUGAAUAUGGUCCUUCUGGGUCUGAACGCGUGGGUGGAUGCAAGAUUAACCUAGGCAGGGCUGCUUAUAGGAAAGAUAAGCAUCAUCCUUAUCAUGUGAAGCCUAAAACACUUUCCUUUCUUGAGCUGACUCUGGGGAGAAGGGCUGUUGAAGUGUCAACUAUGGCAACUGGUGCAGGUGAAAAUGAUAAGGGAUUUUAUGGAGGCGAGCAUGGCGCCGAGGUCACGAAUUACAAGGCAAAGCUGGAUUUAACUCUAAGGCUCUAACAUGAUGAAUAAUAGUUCUCAACUCUCCUAUAGGCUAUAAAUACAUAAAAUAUAUGAGCAUUAGAUAUAGAUCAGUGCGAAUAUGUAAACUAGCUAGAAUUAGUGUCUGCGCGUGUGUGUAGGACAAAACUAGCUUUAUCUUCCCCCUGCGCGCCCUUUCCUGUUUUAUCAUUCCUAUGCUAGCGGCUGAAAGAUGCUACGAGGCAUUAAUUUUCCAAAUCAUAUGAGUAUAUAUGUAAAGGUAAGACAACAUGGGAUGUGUAAUCUAAUGCUCAAUUGGUUUUGUUAGUUGCUCUUUCGUUGUGUUUUCCCCGGCCCCCUUCAGACUGUUAGCAGGAAGGCCGAUCGAAUUUGAUCA